AUGGGGCGGUCUGUGCAGAAAGAGCAGGGUUAUUUCGGCUGCCUUGAUGUUCUAUCGUCAUGCUUUAAGCAACCGCCCAAAUCUCAAUCCUCCAGCCCAGACACGCCAAAUGCCCGCCCAGCUCGUGCCCAAAGUCCCGAAACUAAGGCUCCAAAGACAUCUCCAUCGGCUGUUUCGAGUUCCUCCGACACUUCAGCAUCGCCUAAAGUGAAUGAGAUUUCCUCUCAAACCCACGAUCAGCCUUCGUCGAACGUGCAGCAAGUAUCGGAUCUGUGGGGAGAGGCUUUCCAAGGUCUUAGUAAAGAGUAUAAGAAGUCAAUCUCUGCAAAUGUGUCUUCUAUAAGCAACAAACCGGCCGAACAGCUGAUAGGCCUUGUGCGAGGCCGCGAGGAGAACUUCAAGGAUCGUUCGGCCAAGAUCAAAAUUGGUGAACGAGAAAUACUCUGGAGGGAUUGUGCGACUCGAGUUAUCAGCCUACUGUCCGCCACCGUCGAUAUCGGCAUACAAUUUGCACCUGCCCCUGGGCCAGUUGUUUGGUCGGCUCUCAAAGUAUUACUUAACGCGCAUGCUAGUGGAUGCGAAAGUCUCACUGCGAUUUUUGGAUGCGCUGACAGGGUUUUGUGUCUUGUGAAUCGCGGCGCGAUUUACGAACAAGUAUUCUUGCAAUCAAAACUCGACGACCUUGAUGCUUGUGAGAAAGACUUGCGUGAUGCCCUCAUAAACGCCUAUCGAAAAACAUUUGAGCUUCUGGACUAUGCGGGAACGCAGCUCAAGGACGGCGUGACUGUACGUCGGUUCUUCGAAGCAUUAUUGGACCCUCAGAAAGCGAAAGACAAGCUGAACGAGCUCCAAGAAGCUGAGAAUAGCUUGCAAAAAGUUGUCAUGGCAUGCGAUGUUAAGAAAAAAGAUCUUCAGAAUGAGAAGAGCCUGCGGCUUCUUAAACGGCUGGACAAACCACUACGAUACAUCGACGAACAAGUUACCAAGAUGCUCAAGAAUCUGGAAGACUACGAGCUCUCGAAAAUCCUCAAUAUCAUUUGCAAAAUCCAUGUUGGGAAUCAACACAGGUCGAUGACAUCAAAAAGAACUAAAGGAACAGGCGAGUGGCUAUCACAACGCAAAGAGUUUCGUGAAUGGGAAGAUUCGAGCUCAUCGAAUAUCUUAUGGCUUACCGGAAAAGUUGGCGCUGGUAAAUCGGUACUCACAGCUAGCAUAAUAGAUCGUUACCAGGUGGACGAGAAUAUCCAAGACAAAAUUGACGAGGUUAACAGCAAUGUUGACGAAGGCUUCGCAUUUUUCUAUUACAGCAAGAACAACAAAGACGUCACAGACGACCCAGUGAUCAAUAUCCUUCGAAGCUUUCUACGACAGCUGGCUCAAGUGCCUCACUAUUCCAAUGGGAUAUUUGAUGACCUAGCCAGCCAAUGCCUAAAGAUGGAUAAGGCCCAACGGGCCUUCACCCCAGACUUUUGUCGAAAACAAAUAUCAACAAUUGUCAAUGCGCUACCGCGGACUACCCUGGUACUUGAUUCCUUGGACGAGCUGGAGCCACAGCAUAUGCAGGAGAUUCUCAGCUUUUUCGUGGACCUUGUCAAUGAUUCUAAACGACCAGUCAAGGUAUUCAUAUCCAGUCGAUUCACGACAGAUAUCUAUAAUGAGGUCCACAGAGCCACCAACAAACCUACGCGUAUGGACAUCGCCGAACGAAACCAAGGCGAUAUCGAGAGCUUUGUUCGAGAGAGGACCACGCGAUUCGAUUGCCACUGGAGGAAUGACGAAGUGAAAGGCAAGGUCGUUGAAAAGAUCAGCAAAGGUGCGAAUGGAAUGUUCAGGUGGGCGUUCCUGCAAAUUGCUCAGCUCAUCGAGUGUGAUUCCCCCGAGGAUGUCGAAACACGACUUGGGAAACUUCCCAAAGGUCUAACAGCAGCAUAUGACGAGUUGUACGCAAAGCCUGGGUCCUACGACGAGAUCUAUCUACAGCGAGCUGUAAAAUGGGUCAUGCAUGCGCAUAGCCCACUUUCUACGGAGCAACUACUUUCGGCAAUACAACUGCGUUUAGCCAACGAGCACGAUGACCCGGUUCUGGACACUAGGGGCCGUAGGCUAUCGGAGCAGAAGUUAGAAAAUAUCUGCCGUUAUCUUAUCGUCAAGGAUGCUCAGGGCAAAUGGGCCUUUCCUCACGCAUCCGUCAAAGAAUAUUUCGUCGAGAAGCACACCGAAUUAACUAAUAAAGAUGCCCGGAUUGAGGUGGCCAAAUUGUCGCUGUUGGUACUUAUGGAAUAUUACCAGAGUUCUACCGCCACAGAAUCUUCCGGAUCAGGUCAAGUGAGCAACGAGACCGCAGGAGAUAACAGCAACAUCAUAUACAAGUCAGAUUCAGUAGAUUCUCUCAAACACUACGUAUCACGAUACUGGGUGUUGCACAUCAGAGAUGUACAAGGUGUGCCUGAUGGAAAUAAGCAGAUCUCGGAACUUCUCGAACGAUUCAUGAUCUCCCUGGACAAUCCAUGCCACUCGACCCUGGAGUACCAAAGAUGGUCGGAAUAUGUUGACUCGCUAGAAAACGACUACGACUUCAACUACGACGUCUUUGACUUAAGUGACUUGAUGCCUGCCGGAAACCCAGCAUUCGGGAUAGUGGUUCUUGGUAUCACUCUCGAUGAGAAAGAAUGGGCAAAAACUUGUCUUGAACGCACAUUGGAAGAUCUUCACAAAUAUGGCCUUGAUACUCUCUCGCUGGCUGCGAAAUAUGGACGCGCUGAACUUUGUGUCUCACUCAUUCAAAUGGGAAGUGACCCGAAGAGAAUUCUGCCCUCCGGGACCGGUGCCUUGGAUCAGGCUAUUAUUAUGGAGAGGACAACUUCUAUCCAAGAGCUUCUAAUGCACGGGGCCGAUUCCAACGUCGAUACCAAGCACCGUCCGUUAUGUCAAGCAGUGUUUUUCGGCGGUCGUAAAAUACUCGAGCUUCUAAUUGAGCAUGGAGCCCUCCCCGACGGACUUUGUUCGUCCUGUGACUUCAGGUGUCCUUUAGCGGCCACCGUAUACUUUAACAACGAAGAUGCCGCAGAUAUUUUGAUCAACGCCGGGGCGACUGUGGACCUGCGCCUCGACGGCGAAUACAGUACUCCCCUUGUUGCUGCUGCUUACAGUGGCUCUUUCGAAGUCGCAAAGCUUCUUAUCAAACAUCGUGCGGAUGUGAAAAUCAAGCCAGAGCCUAUCGAUUCUGGCUACUUUGGCGGGGUAUUAGGGGCAGCCUUUUGUGGGUGUAAUGUUAUGAAGUUGGUCCCGUAUCUUAUCGAAGAGGCUGGGGCAGAUCCCAACAGAAUCAUAGAAGAUCUUAUGGAAAGAAAUUCCUGGAGAUAUAGUACAAAUAAAAGCUCAAGAGAAGAGAUCAGCGAGUGGCUCUUUAGAAAUAACUACCUCAAUCCAUAUGCGGUACAAGGCCUAGAAACAGGAUACUGUAGAGCCUUAAGACCAUUAGUACGGACUGCCAAGCGGUUUGCAAGGGAGCGAUCAAGUGGAUCAUCAUCGCUUCAAGAAUCAGAAAUCCAGAGCAUUGGAGGGAGCGAAUCGGAAUAG